AUGUCUUCAAGAAGGUCAUUGACAUUACAUGAAAUUGCUACAGUUCUUGAGGAAGAUGAUGAUUUUAGCAACCAGAGACAAGAUUUUGAUAUUUUUUUACUUCCACCUGACACCGCCAAUGAUUACCAAACUGACGAGGACUCGGGUGAAGAAGAUAACGUCAGCAUAAAUAAUUUGCCUGGAAGUUUGCUUCGAGCUCCAGCGGAGCUUGCUGCCUCAACCUCAAUGGAAAAACCAGAAACUGAGGACCAAACCCCUCCCGAAUUUCAAGAACCUUUAAAAAAACGUGUCAUGAAUUACAAUUGGCGAAAACGAGACUUGCAGCUAAGACCUAUUGUUUGGAAACCCCUUUAUCAUACUCCUAUUGAAAGAAGCCCGAUAGAAUGGUUUUCUUUAUUAUUUUCAGAAGAAGUAUUUGAGAUGCUUACUAUUGAAACCAAUAGAUACUUAGCACGUAAGCUUCUCUCUGCUGACGUCAAGAUUGAAGAGAUGAAAUGUUUGGUAGGGAUUUUGUUAGUCAGUGGCUACUGCCAAGUGAGCAGAAGAAGAAUGUACUGGGAAAAUGCAUCUGACUCAAGAAAUAGUUUGAUUGCUUCAGCCUUGUCUCGAGAUAGAUUUACACUAAUUUACUCUAAUAUUCAUGUUGCUGAUAAUCUAAAUUUAGAUACAUCCGAUAAAUUUGCAAAAGUUCGUCCUUUAUUAAAAGUUUUAACUAUGAGGUUUCUUGAGCACUGUCCACAUAAGGAGAAUCAUAGUGUUGAUGAGGCUAUGGUCCCAUAUUUUGGUCAUCACGGCUGCAAACAGUUUAUUAGAGGCAAGCCUAUAAGAUAUGGAUACAAAUUAUGGGUUGGUGCAACAUCAGGAGGUUACAUUGCAUGGUUUGAACCAUACCAAGGUGCUUCUACAUUUACGAAUGCCCAAUAUUCCCAGCUUGGUCUUGGUGCAAGUGUGGUUUUGUCUUAUGCAGAUCAACUAGCAACAUUAGGCUAUGGAAAAAACUACCAUCUCUUCAUAGAUAACUUUUUUACCGGUUUGCCUUUGGUUCAUGAACUUACUGAGAGGGGAUUUCGUGUAACUGGUACUAUCAGAGAAAAUAGAUCUGGAAAGUGCCCUCUAUUAAGUAACAAAGAAGCAAAGACAAAAGAAAGAGGCUUUUAUGAUUAUCGCAUAUCUGAUGAUAUUAUAAUUUGCAAGUGGCAUGACAAUAGUAUAGUGUCAGUAUGCUCUAAUGCAGUUGGUGUUGAUCCUGUCCACAAAACUGAACGCUAUUCUCAGCAACUAAAAAAAGAAAAUAUCUGUUUCUCAACCUCAUCUCAUUCAACAAUACAAUAA